CUCGUUCCAACCACAGCUCGAGUUCGCAGCACUACACAACUUACAAGCUUUUAAACGCUUCGUAACGCCUACUUCUCUCACCCCCAACUUUCCUCUUUCCGAAAUGGUCAAGCCUAUUGAGCCCGAAUUCGAGCAGGCUCUCAACGAGCUCACCAACAGCUUGCAACCCUUCUUGGCCGCCAAUCCCGAAUACACAAAGGCACUCGAAAUCAUCCAAAUCCCCGAGCGUGUUCUCCAAUUCCGCGUUGUCUGGGAAGACGACCAAGGCCAGCCGCAAGUCAACAACGGUUUCCGUGUCCAAUACAACUCUGCUCUCGGUCCCUACAAGGGCGGUCUCCGACUCCACCCCUCCGUCAACCUCUCCAUCCUCAAGUUCUUGGGCUUCGAACAAACGUUCAAGAAUGCGCUCACCGGUCUCAACAUGGGUGGUGGAAAGGGUGGCUCCGACUUUGACCCCAAGGGCAAGUCGGACAGCGAGAUUAGGCGGUUCUGCAAUGCCUUCAUGAUGGAGCUGUACAGGCACAUUGGAAAGGAUACUGACGUUCCCGCUGGUGACAUUGGAACUGGUGGACGUGAAAUUGGUUUCCUGUUCGGUGCCUACAAGAAGCUGCGAAACGAGUUCGUCGGUAUGCUCACUGGCAAGGGUCUGCACUGGGGUGGAAGCUUCAUUCGUCCCGAGGCUACUGGAUAUGGUGUUAUCUACUACGUCGAACACAUGAUCGCCCGCUCCUGCCCUGAAUUCUCUCUCAACAAGCCCUCCACCCUCGUCGCCGUCUCCGGCUCAGGCAACGUCGCCCAGUUCACUGCCCUCAAGGUCAUCGAGCUCGGCGCGACCGUCCUCUCCCUCUCCGACUCCCGCGGCACCCUCAUCGCCGAGGAGGGCUACACCAAGGAAUUCGUACAAGAAAUCGCCAAGCUCAAGCGAGGCGGUGGUUCUUUGGAGGAGCUCGCCGACACCCCCGGCUACACCUACCACGCCGGCAAGCGCCCCUGGACCCUCCUCCCCAAGGUUCACAUUGCCCUCCCCGGUGCCACCCAGAACGAGGUCAACAAGGCCGAGGCUGAGGCGCUCGUCGCUGCUGGCGUCCGCAUCGUCGCUGAGGGCUCCAACAUGGGCUGCACUGAGGAGGCCGUCGAGGUCUUCGAGGCUGCCCGCAAGGCUGGCAAGGGCGUGUGGUACGCUCCCGGCAAGGCCUCCAACUGCGGUGGUGUCGCCGUGUCUGGUCUCGAGAUGGCCCAGAACUCGCAGCGUCUUGCUUGGACCACCGAGGAGGUUGACAGCCGCUUGAAGAAGAUCAUGUCUGACUGCUUCAGCAUCUGCUACGACGCUGGUGCCAAGUGGUCUGGUGAAGAUCUGCAAGACGGCAAGAUCCUCCCUUCGCUUCUCUCUGGUGCCAACGUGGCUGGUUUCAUCAAGGUCGCUGAUGCCAUGAGGGAGCAGGGUGAGUGGUGGUAAAUGAAUCGACCUCCACUACAUAUCCCCCCUUGCAGAUGGACGACGCCCAAGACCCAAAUGCAAUUUUUUGGCUUUGCUUUGGCCUUGGUGGUGAUCCUUCUAAAGGCUCCAUACCUCUUCCCUCCCCUCCGCACCUUCGACCUCAUGCCAUACCUCUCACUCCUCUCGCCCGCUUUUGGGUCGUCGACGCACGCUGCCAUGAUAGCGUGUGCUCACGACCACUACAUACCUUCGCUCCCGACUUGCUUUCGUGCACAUCACACCCUAUGCUUUCGACCACCCACGCCCUCGAGAUCCUGAUUCGAGGACUCGAUAGAAUAGGGCGACUUGAUACCCCCCUCGACACCGCGGAUCCCGACUA